ACCGACUCCCAGCUACUUCGGGAGCCAUACAGUCAGAUCUCUGCUGAUUUUCCUCCAUAGACAGCACAGCCGCAGCUUGUAGCUACUCCACGCUGCACACAGGGACUGACAGCAUGCCCAGCUCCACUGCAGACACCCCAGUGGCAACAAAAAGAACACGCCACACUACUACCCCAAAUGUCGCACACAGGGCUGCUGGUGCUGCAGGUUCAUCCCGGCAUCACCCGACUGCGCAAAUGCGCACGAGCCAUGGAUCCGCCACGCGGAAACACGUGGCACAUAAAAGACACCGUCCCGAUCUGCCGACACCACAAUCUGCAUCUCCGCCAAUGCGACGCAUAUCUACGGUCUCAAGGCCACCGGCUGAUUUGUUGGCGCCUUCCCCAACACGUGAACCACAGUCCAAUCAACUUCCAGAUGAUGCCAGCAUGACACCGGCCCACCAGCCAGCUGAUAUGGAGGUUACUUUUGUGCUUGACCAGCAGCCAAUAGACACUACCAGACCAAGCAUGCCACCUAUGUCUCUGCCUCCGCCACCAACUCCUCCGCAACCACAAAUGAGCCCAGCCAAACCACAGGCUCAAAACCCAGAGCAGGCAUUUUGGGACAGCUGGGCAACACAACAGUCGCACAAUUUAGACUGUCUUCGCAGACAAACUCAACUGCUCUCAAGUCUGCCACAUUACCUGCCGAGAAUCAGUCGCACUAUCAGCCGACAAAAUUCAGAGAUGAGUAAAAUAGCUACUUGUAUGGAGCAAAUGCGGGCUGACAACAGCCACAUGAUGAACACUUUGGCCCGUAUUAUGGAUGACCAAAUGAGGCAGCACCAAAACUACCUCAAUCUGCUGGAAACAAACAAUAGUCUUACUGAAAGCCUAGGCAGAAUCAUUGAGAACAACAUGGCCUCAAAUAGUCAACUUAACGCCACACUUACUAAUCUCAGCCGCAAUAUAACUUUAUUACACACACAACAAGGGAGCACCAGCUCCGGAACAACCACCCCUAUAAAUACGCCAGUUACGUCCCCAGUAAGGAGAUCAGACAGAGGAAGAUCUAACGUGCCUGGCCCAGACUCUGCCAGCUCUAAGGGUUCACAAAAAAAUAAAGUAUUCCGCUGCAAGUGUAAUCUUCUUAGGUGGUAAACAAUGUCAUGUUGUCAUAACUAU